GUUCUUUUUUUUAUACCGACUUAGCAGUUUAGGACCUUCAAAGGUUAAAAGUAGUGGUAGAUAAAGCUUUUGUACAGCUCAUUUCAGAACCUUAUGGCUCGUGGCGGCGUGAUCGUUUAUUUUAUUUAAAGAUUUUCAUGAGUUGAUGAGUGUCAUAUACAUACUGUUGUACUAUCUCGGAAAGCAGACGUGUCUUCCACAUAGAACAUCGCGCAUUCUUUUUUGUGGCAAUUUGUUCUGUUUUCAGAACUGUUUUCUUCGUACAUUUACCAGUCUGCCUGUACUACUCAAAUUGAAUAUUCUCACUAAUUGGUUUGCUUGUUCAAUAAACCAACCCCGUGCCAUAGUGUAUAUGCAUACUCCCUCAGUACAGGACUAACUACAUCUGACGAAAGCUUGUCCAACAAUUUUUUCCUCAUUAUCUCGCUGCUAAUUGGCCGGCAUAAUCAGCAUCAGUGUUACCAAAUAUCAGUUCUCUUUUACAUCAACCAGUCCAAAUAUAGUCGGUACAGUAUCAUUACAUUUUGUGUUAAAAGAAAAAUCCGGUACUAUAAGCUUAUAUAAGAAAGAGGAUAAUCAUUCCGUAGCGCAUGGUAAAGUAAUUGUCAAAUGUUUCAAUAUUUGGCGUCAAAUCAAUCUAAAAGUUAUAAUGUAGGUUCACACGGGUCACUCUAUGCGAUCACGACAACGCAAAAAAAUGCGGCAGAGGUUUUUUUCUUCUAACCUCACUGCAUCUCUUUGACGCGACUUCGCAUGGAUUUCACAACGCGUUGCUUUGCGAUGUAAUACUAAGACAGCUAUGAUUGGGACAUCUUAUAGAUUAGCUGUUCAAAGUAAGGAGGGACAGGAUUCGGCGAGGACAGGCGAAGGUCACAUAUAGUAGUCACAUCGUUAGAUCGCAAACCAGUGAUUCAAGUCAUUUCGGUAGUGAGAUUCAUUUCUGUGUACGUAUCUCUGAUUGGGUUAUCGACAUCGUGAGUCUAAGAACACUGCUAUUGACCGGUAGCUAACAACUAUACGGAUGACAUUUCAUAUCAUGAAUAUCAUAUCUAUUGAUAUAUAUGAUACAUACCGCGUAGAUUCAUCAAUACGCCAGUCGUGCGUAAUUCUUAACAAGGGUUCGCGUGAUGCGUCACGGCGCAGUUUCCAUCGCUCCGUUUCAAUUUACCUGAUAAGAUUACACCGAGCUCAUUGUCGUAAAACAGCAGUAACUUGAAUACGGUACACUGCCUCGGGGGGACUUCCAUUUUUCUCUCGUAGUUUCACUGUGCGAGGAUGAUGUUCUGUCCGCUCGUCCGCUCAUGUACAUGUAUGUCCACUUUUGAGGAGCUGCAUAGGCGCAGGGAGGUAAAACGUAGUGGGCCUAAUGAUAAGAAGAAGACUCCGAGACGACCAGCAAGGCAGGAUCACGUACCGACUGAGGUGAUGUCCGAGUCCGGGACUACAAUAGCGCUUUCAGAAGCUCAAGUGACAGAAUACAGAGAGGCCUUUCGAUUAUUUGACAAAGAUGGUGACGGCCACAUUACGACGGUAGAGCUGGGUACAGUGAUGAAAUCGCUGGGUCAGAGUCCUUCAGAGAAGGAACUACAGGACAUGAUUAAUGAAGUUGACUCGGACGGCAACGGUACGUUAGAUUUUGAUGAAUUUCUCACCAUGAUGGGCCGCCACCUUCAUGAAUCUGGCAACUCAGAAGACGACAUGCGCGAGGCCUUCCGAGUAUUCGAUAAAGACGGAGACGGAAAUAUUACGUCAGCGGAACUACGUCACGUGAUGAUGAACCUCGGCGAGAAGCUGACUGAUGAUGACGUAGAUGAGAUGAUCAGGGAGGCUGACAUUGAUGGGGAUGGACAGGUUGAUUAUGAAGAAUUCGUCAAAAUGAUGGGGACGAAUCGUUGAAGAACUCGGUGUUUGAAGAUAUGCCCAUCACCACAUUGACAGAUCAAAAUGUCCCAUUUUGCGUCUUCCAUGCGACGAUCUUCAAGAAUAUCAUAAGAGAAAUAAUAUCAAGUCUACUCGUACAUUUUAAACUUUUGCUUGUCGUGUUUUCUAGCAUUGCACAGUAGCCUAAAUGAUAUAACAUUAUCGGUGCAAGAUCCAAAUCAAACAGAUUUCGUGGCCGCUCAUUAUAGUAUAGUACGCAGAGUACUAUAGUCACGCAUAGUACUAUAUAGUCACGCAUAUAGUACAGUGUAUGAAUCUGAAUUUGAAUUCGAUUUUAGACAGAUGGAUCAGUGAUAGAGUAAUUUGUAAUAAACUUGGCCAUUAGGUCUGCCAAAGGUUCCAGGUCAUUGUCAGUGAUUGAUAUGCAAGAGCACUGCCGUUGGUCCGAUAUCCAAUUGAAUAGCAUUUUAAUAUCUCUUGAAAACGAUUGUCAUGCGAAAGUUCCUUUAUAAGGUUUGACAAAGCAGUAACGUGCGGCCGCAAUAGAUAGGCCUAUUUCUGUCGCAAAUGUUAGAUGGGCAAUUGCGAUUGAUUUUGGAGGAGCGCGAAGGGGCACCAGCCUUGGCUAAACAUCGCACGAUUUUGCAAGUGUGGCUAGAAAAGAUAUAAAGGUCGACUUGAACGUUUGGUGUUAAGGUUCAGGAUUCAAUUUUGAAGAUAAUAGCUUUUUACAUCAGUCGAGAAAAUAUGCUAGCUUUCUAUAUCUUGGCACUUGCUGAUAAUCUAUAAUCGAAAACAUAAUCUGUAAUAGAAGACACCAUGUGUGAUAGAUGUUUUGAAGAAGGGCGCCCUUUGUGAGCCUAAAUAUGGUAAUAAAGAUUUCAAUACAUUAAAGAGA